GCCCAUUUUACGAAUUUGGCGUCAUAACGAUAAAGGUUGAACCUUUCACCUCCUCUACUUCUCCAGUUACAUAGGGCGAGGUCGGUGUUUCGCAGAAUCAAAUCAAUGGCUUCGGCGACUCUUAACGCCGGUCACCGGUGUCUUGGUGCGCCGGUCACCGUUCUGCGCACGUUAGCAUCCACCUUUUCUCCUCUGCUUUAUCUCACCGAUGAACUUCGUUACAAAACCUUUCCGAGUGUCUCCACUUCUUCUUCUUUGAGGAGGUUUACGUGCUUGUCCUUACAGCGCAGUGAUAUUCUGAGGCAAACCAUAUCUUGUUCCUCUUCUGGAUACCCUGAAUAUGGCCGAUUGAUGCCAUGCCCUUCGCAGAGCAUGCCACUAAGAGUUGAGCAUUUGGUCGUCUUAGAAGGGGGUCCUGUUGCUGAGUUUAUCUGUAAAUCAUUGGGUCUUCCUCCUUUAUAUGUUGCAGAUCUUAUCCAUUUUGGAGCUGUAUACUAUGCCCUCGUAUGUCCUAAGCCCCCGCCUACUGCAACUCCUGAGCAAGUUAGGUUAUUUGAAGAAGUGACUUCCCCAUCUGUACUGAGCAAUAGGACGUCUAUCAAAGGGAAAACUGUUCGAGAAGCUCAGAAAACAUUUCGGGUAACUCACACAGAUCAGUAUGUCGAAGCUGGAACUUAUUUGCGUGUUCAUGUCCACCCAAAACGCUUCCCAAGGUGUUAUGAAAUUGAUUGGAAGUCUCGGGUAAUCGCUGUCACCGACUCUUAUGUUAUUUUGGAUAAACCGGCUGGCACUUCGGUAGGAGGCACCACCGAUAACAUUGAAGAAAGCUGUGCCACAUUUACCACACGCGCACUCGGUUUACCAGAACCAUUGAAGACAACUCAUCAGAUUGAUAAUUGCACAGAAGGCUGUGUUGUCUUUGCUAGGACAAAGGAGUAUUGCUCGGUCUUCCACAAAAAAAUUAGAGAUAAAGAGGUGAAGAAACUCUAUUUAGCUCUUGCUGCGGAACCUAUACCCACUGGAAUCAUCACACAUUACAUGCGGCCGAUUAACAUGGCUCCAAGGCUCGUGUCCGAAGAUCCAAUCAAAGGUUGGCAUUUGUGUCAACUUGAGGUUUUAGAAUGCAAGAAGCUCCCUUGGCCAGAUGCAGCUACCGAGAAGAAAUACUGCAUUGAAGACUGCGGUUGGCGUUCAAAAGAAUAUGCCUACGAGUGCAAAAUCAACCUUUUAACUGGAAAGACUCACCAGAUUCGGGCUCAGCUAGCAGCUUGUGGGGCACCACUAGUGGGCGACUCUAUGUACAUGCCAGCAGCCAUAGCAGAAAUGGUGAACCCUGGGAUCAACCCUUUUGGGAAAAUGAAGAAAACAUGCAUGAGUGAACACGAUAGUGAAAUCGCGGUUUCUGAAUGGAUUUCCCAACACGGGAAAGAACCCAGCGUAGGAAUUGGUCUUCAAGCUUGUCAAAUCGCGUGGAACGAUGACACAGAGCAUUUAUACGAGGCGGGUACUCCAUGGUGGAGAUCCAAUUGCUAAUCACAUUGAUGGUUUGGAGCCUUUUGAGGUUGUUGUCCAAGUCCCUUCGAGAUUUUGUGCUCUUUCAGGAAAGCAGAAACCAUCAAGAAGAACAAGCUUCUUCUUUUUUUAGGAAUUGGUGGCUUACCCAUUCAGUGACAUCUUCAAAAAUUGAGGACCUUGAUUUGAGGGCUUCAGGGUAAGACAGACAAAACUUCAUUCUUCUCGGGACUCUUCAAGCAAGAAUCUGAACCAGACAGCAAUGCUACCCAAAGCAAACACAAUCUCUAAAGGUUUAAACUAUGUAUUUCUCUUAUUAUGGAUCUUUAAUCCAAUGAUCUGACGACCAAUGUGACAAAAAAAAAAAAGACAUUUCUCUGUUUAUCUAUUCAAAGCUAUGUGGGUGUGUCAUUGUGUUCUUA